AUGAGGCAAGAACCUGUAAGAGGCGACCCAAACCAGGGAAUAUGUGUAUCAUUGGAAAAGAUAGAAGACUUGAAUGAUUGUUUGGAAGUUGCUUUUCAGUGGAAAUGCAGUUGUUGGAGCACAAAUGACGAAUUUUUGUUGGAGUGGAAUAUUAAUGUUCCAAAAGACUUACUGACUUUUAUACCUAAUGGAGGCUCUCUAUUAGUUUCCCAGCUUGGAUUUUUUAAAUAUAACGAUAUGGUUUAUGUUUUGGUUGCUUGGACUAGAAGAUAUAUAUGGGUUUACUGUCAUGAUAUUAAAUCUUUUUCUGAAAUGUAUUCUCAAGGUCUUAAUAUCUCAGUAGAACCUAAAAUGUAUAAUUUAGAGCUGGAUGAUGACCAAGAUGUUGAUGAUCAGGCUGAAUUAAAGGAUGAAAAUGGUCAUUAUGUUUCCCUUGCUAUUAAAACUGGAGAUGGAGAGUUUCAAUUUGUUAUUUCUACAAAUACUUUACAACUACAUACCCUUAGACUAACUGUUUCUGGUGAAAUUGCUCAAGUUUUAGGUAUUUCUAUUUCAUCCAAUUGGUGGAACAUUGCAACAUAUAAUGAAUGUUCUUUUGAAACAGAAAACCAAAAUCCUGAUUCUGAAGUUUUAUGUGGAGAAAUAGAAUCAGAAUCAAACAGUCAUUUUAAAAGUAUUGUUAGAAUCCUUAAAUCAGCUUGGAACAGUAGUGAAAGAAUUCCAAAAUCUAAUCCUAGGCAUAUUCCAAUAGUUGAAGAAAGUAAUAAUUUCGAAGGAUUUUGCGAAUACACUGAAAGUUCUAAGGCCCCUUUAAAAACUCCUUAUGAGCACAGAAAAAGUUUGAAAAAGCUAAGAAAAAUCAUUCAUUAUGAAGAUAGCCUCAUAUUUUCAUUCCCAUCAAGCUAUAUCAAAUGGAAUGUCUCAUUUAUGUGUUUUGUAACAGCAGAAAACAUUAAUGCAUCUAACAGAAAAAAAACAAAAACCCUAAUUCUUUUCAGACACGAUUCUUUUGGAGUAGUUGAACUUUGUUGGGUUUUAAACUUUAACCAGAUUGAUGAUCUUUAUCCUUCAAAUCUAAUUGCAAUACCGUAUUUUGAAAACAGUAAUAUCAGGAACUCUGAAAAUGGAAUAUCUACUAUGAAAAUUCACCUUCCAGUUUCCCUUGGAAAUUCUCACAAAUUUGCACUCUUUUUUGUCUACAAAUCCAAUAAUUCGUUAAAACUUUUACAACUUACUCCAGCUUCAAGCUUAUUACCAGAAACUAGUGAAAAUACAAACCCUUUAUUAAUUUGGACACGUAAGCCAUCAUCCAACAUGAAUCUAUUACACGAAGUUGUGAACAUCUCCUCUUUUUGUACUAAUAACAAUAGUGGUUUUAACGGAAAGGAUAGAAACCAUUCACUCCUUAAUGAAAUUUACAGUAUUGAGCAAAAUAUUCCAUUGAUACAAAAUCCUGAAAUCCAAGGGAUUGUUUUAAAUAAAAAAUCCUCUCUUAGGUCUGGAACCAUUUAUAACUGUAUAUUAAGUUCCAGCAAGAACAUUUUCAUCAUAUACAUCUCAGAAAAUGGUCAUCAACUGAUCUGUAGUAAUAUUUUAGAUCACUCAAACCAACCAAACAAAAUUUACUUUACCACCUACACACAGAAUACUCUUUACCUUCUUGUAAAUUAUCAGGACGUCCCUCUUAAAAUUGAUCUUUCCUCCCCAAAUGGUAACGAAUCACAAGAAUACCUAAACAUUACAAAUAAUACAGAAAAUGAGAUAGUGGGCGAACAUACAGGAAACUCAAAUAGUGAAUUUAAUCAACUGAUCUUAAAAUACAGAGGAUUCAGGAAUGGAGAAAUUUCAAAAGGCAAUAUUAUUUUUGAAAAUUAUAAUUCUGAGUCUAUUCUUAAUUAUUUAGAGAAGAUUUACAAACAAAUUGUCUCAGAUCUCAAAGAUACAAAACCAGGAGACACAGAAUCGUCGAUCAAAACUAUAAAACACACCAAGACACUUAGCCUGAUUGGUCAGAGUCUCAAUAAUCGGAUUCUUUCUAAUAACUUUGAAUCUAAAGACGAAGAAGCUGUUUUACUUUGGGGGAAAUGCUCCUUUCUACUUGAUUUGGACUAUUGGAAAGAUCUCAAUUCCAUGGAAAACUGGAAAGAAUUUUCUGAAGGAACAUGUUUUGAUCAAAUUACAUCCAAGUUUCCAAAUUUACAGUCUCUUCUUGAUAACUAUCUAGAUCCUGUUGCAAUUAUUAGUUCUAAUUAA